AUUUUUUUAACACUUUUAACUCUCUCUUCCUUGUUUCUCCUGAAUCUCAUUCCUAUUCCUUUCUCUGUACUCACGAACAUGGCACCACAUUUAUCUCCCCGCUUUCAUCGCUUUUCUUUAAUUAAAAAUUAAAUUCAGUCCAAAUAAAUUAGAAAAAAAUAACCUUAUAGAUCCCAUUUGACCCUAAAGACAAAACCCUAGUUGCUUUCCUUUUUGUCACUUUCUAUUAUAUCAAAUCACGAACUCGUAUUUUUGAUCUGAAUCUAUAUUUCACAUUCUUUGAUCCAAAACCCUAGUACUUUUUUUGAGUUCAUUUCAUGUAUAUGUCUUAAAUGAGGCUUUUUCGGAAAUGUACGAGGAUAUUUAUAAUCCUCUGUUUGUUUGCUGUUUCUGUUACCACUCCAAUUUUAUUGCUUUCUUCACAUAGGCUUAGACAUCUUGGUUCUGAUGGGUCGAAGGAGUUUGUUGGAGAUUUAUCAAUUAUUAAGCAAAGGUUAGAGGUUCGGGCACUUAAUGCAGUUCAACAGGAAGAAGGUCGAAGUGUCAAAGAACCGAUCUUGGAUGUCUACCGAGAUGGCGACCAAAGUUCUGCAGUCAGUUUAGAUUCUAUUGAUAAGAAUGAUAGUGUUGGCAAACCUGAGAAUGCCAGCUUGUCGGGAAAUGACGUAACCACACAUGCUCCGAAGAAAGAAAGUCAACAAAGUCUACCAGAGCAAAAAGUGGCCACAACUAGAGAAAAGUUGGUCUUAUUGCAGGAAAAAUCCAGGCCAGAAGAGGUUCAACGUGGUCAGAAUGUACAAUCCCAUCCACGGAGAGCAUUAGAUGAGAAGGUAAAGGAGGUUAAAGAUCAGCUGAUUAGGGCCAAAGCAUUCUUGAAUUUUGUACCACCGGGUAGUAGCUCUAAUUUUGUGAAAGAGAUAAAGCUACGAAUUAAAGACUUGGAACGAGCUGUUGGUGAAGCUACUAAAGAUUCUGAUCUGUCAAGGAGGGCGAUACAGAAGAUGAAAGCCAUGGAUUCAACCCUGUUGAAAGCCAGUAAACUCUUUCCUGAAUGCUCAGCAAUGGUGAAGAAACUUCGUGCAAUGACAUAUAACGCUGAGGAACAGCUUCGAUCGCAAAAGAAUCAAGCUUCCUUCCUUGUAAAUCUUGCUGGACGAACUACCCCGAAAGGCCUUCAUUGCCUCUCCAUGAGGUUGACCACUGAAUACUUUUCUCUACCGCCUGAGGAGCAGGAACUGCCUGACCAACAUAAAUUUCAGGAUCCAGAUCUGUAUCACUUUGCUGUUUUCUCUGACAAUGUUUUGGCAUGUUCUGCGGUUGUCAACUCAACUGUAUCAACUGCUAGGGUUCCAGAGAAGAUUGUGUUUCAUAUAGUGACAGAUUCUCUUAACCUACCAGCCAUGACAAUGUGGUUCUUGUCGAAUCCUCCUGGCAAAGUAACAAUUCAGAUCCAAAGCAUAGACAAGUUUGAUUGGUUAUCAAACAAGUAUAUUCUGCAGAAGCAAGAGUCUCUUGAUCCAAGAUACACUUCCCCCCUGAACCACCUGCGUUUUUAUCUGCCUGAUAUAUUUCCAUCUCUCAACAAGAUAGUGCUCCUUGACCAUGACGUGGUUGUGAAAAGGGAUCUAACCGGACUUUGGCGGAUCAACAUGAAGGGUAAAGUGAAUGGUGCAGUGGAGACCUGUCUGGAAGGCGAGCCUACAUUCCGCCGAAUGGAUAUGUUCAUCAAUUUUACCGACCCCCUGGUGGCAAAGAGGUUUGAUGUGAAAUCAUGCACUUGGGCAUUCGGGAUGAAUAUAUUUGAUCUGCAGGAAUGGAGGAAACGAAACCUAACUGCGCUCUAUCACAAGUACUUGGAGCUGGGAAGUGAUAGACCAUUAAUGAAAGCUGGUACUUUGCCAAUCGGUUGGAUGACCUUUUACAAACAUACACGUGCUAUAGAUCGGAGAUGGCAUGUCUUGGGAUUGGGGUACGAAUCUGGUGUCAGACUUAACGAGAUCGAGCAGGCAGCUGUGAUUCAUUAUGAUGGAGUUAUGAAACCAUGGCUAGAGAUUGGACUUCAGAAGUUCAAGCCCUAUUGGAAGAAACACGUUUGGUACGAACAUCCUUAUCUUCAACAGUGCAAUAUACAUGAAUAGCAAUUGUAUCCUUUAGUAAUAGGUUGAGUUCCACUUCACCACAAUUACGUAGUGUAGUGUAGGAACCCCUUACGUUCACCUUAUUCUUUCACACAUUGAUCCCACAAUUUUUUCCUUGUAAAGUCCAACGUUUACGCCCACUAUAUUUCCUGCUAUAACGCUCAUAGAAAUUUAUCCCACACUACCAAUAACUUGGGACUUGAUAUUGGCAUGUCCCUGAGAUUCUUGUAAUGUUUGGACUUGCCUGUAUAUUGAUCUUGUAGAAUGGUAAAAGAGUUUCUUUUGACUUACCAGUUGAGAUGAGAUAAGAAAUAUGUUUCUUUGGGACAUUGUCCUCACUUUU